AUGAAGCAGAGGGACAGUGCGAUGGCAGUGAAUGACAGUCCUCAAGAGUGCAGGCCUCCUGGCCCUGGGGAGCUGCAGGAAGACGCCGGCGCGCACAUGCACUGUGCAGGCGGGUGGGGGUGGGGGGAGGCGAGUCCCACCGAAGGACGGGGAACCCUUUGCUCUCAUUUCUACAGCUGCAUUUUGUUCUGUUUACCCGCAGAAAGGAAAAAAAAAGAAAAAAAAGAAAAAAAAAGUUUUCUUUCAUUUGGUGGGGGACUCCACGUGAAUGCAACUUUCAGGCGCUAUCCCUGUCGUUUCUGUCUUGUCUUCUCCCAAGUCCGCCCCGGGGUCGCAGUGGCACGUGUAACACACAAGUGUGUUCUGGUCCCUGUCUGCUUUCUCGGUUAUUUCACAAAGCUGGUUGGUACAGUGAUUUCUUCCAAAAAAAAAGAGAGAAGGAAGGUGACUGAUAAGGUGCAUUUGAGGAAACAUCAAACCCUCUAUCAGUAG